CUCGUCUCGCGCAUGGUCCCCUUGACUCAAAAAUAAAUAAUGAAAGGAUGAACCUGAAUUUAAACUAAAAUCUUCUUCGCUUCCCUCAGAGCCUCCUUGUGCGACAACCUUUCCAACUUCCAACCCGUUUCUUGACGCUACUGCAAUAAGUAGACACAGACACCUCCUCUACCGUCUACCCUCUGAAGGGGGAGGGUGGACUAGCUUAUUGUAUGAUUUGGAUUGACACAAGUGGGAAAGCUUACCGUCUCUGUCUUGCUGUAUUGGGCGAACCGGAGGCUUUGAUCACCUUGAUCAUUCGACUUGUGGACUUCUAGAAGCCUGUCGUGUACCUCAGUUGUGCGCACUGCAUCGAAAGUAUAUUACCUCAUCUACAAUACCAAGAGUCCGGUCAAUAUUCACAUGCAGCUAGGAUACGCUCGAUUCACUCAAUCCAUGUAGCACAAUCAAUUCUUGCAUAACUCUUCAGUAGGCAAGGCAGGCACUAGCAAUUAUGGCUUUUUACGAUUCCUCUUCUGAUCAAGAUGUCGCCGAUGGCUUUCCGAUUAUUCUCGAACCUGAUGAUGAUUCACCUUUCGAAAUGCGAGGAGACGAUACGAGGCUAAACAACGAUACAAUGAAAGAGGUGCACCAAGUUAAAGAAAUCAAGAAAGUCAACGAAGUUCCCAAAAAUGCCAUGGUACCCAAGCAUCCAAUAAAUUCCAUGCAAGGUGCCUUUGCAGAGUCGAUGGAAGAGGCUAGCGACGCAACCCGAACAGCACCCAAAAUCGGCGACGCAGCCACCCGACGAAAGAUUUUAAUCGAACAAGAUGUGUCCGAAGAUACACAUUCUUUACGAUGGCAGAGGCAGCCAGAUCAAAAAUAUCAUGAAUUGUGGAAGUUGAUGGCACAAAUAUCCUUUGGAAUUUAUCUACUCCUCAAUGGAAUCGCCAGAGAUGAAGAGCAAGUUAUGUCGAUCUUGCAGGGACAUGUAAAUGAAGUAGAUGGAUUCUUAGAGAUGACGUUGGAGGAUUUCGAUUUGGCACAAAGCGAUAUCGAGGAGAGAUUAAAGCAUUUGAAACUUCCAUUACAGAACAUGAGCAUUUUCGAUGCUAUGUUGGAAGACCGAGCUUUUAGGUCGCAAAUCGUCAGUGGCAAUGAACGCAUCGAGCAUGUUAUCACACGUACGGCGGCUUCCAUGAAGGACACUCUUCUCGAUGCGCAACAGGGAAUGGAUGCUUGUAAGGAAUUCACCAUUUACUUGGCAGGGCAGAAGGACAAUAUGACAUGGCGACAACAACGACCGAAUAUGGAAAGAGUCUUUGAGGCGAUGUGUGGAAAUGUGGAAGGUUGGCACAAGGCUUACGUCUCAUUGCAGACCAAAGGUCAUCAUCUUGGGGUCGCCCUUGUUCAAUUGGGGACCAUUGUGGCAGAGAUGGAUCGGAGGGCUGGUCGUGUAAGUCGAGAGUCGAGGGUAAGCUCAUGAAAUCUGUUUAUUUUAUUGUUGGUUAACAAUAUGUAGUUGAGUGUUUCGUCUUCAGUACAAGCCCAAAGUCCUACUGUAUCUCGCAACCUUCGAGCAUCCAUGAUAAAAGAACUUCCCAGCAAUCCAAGCCCUAUAACCCCAGCAAUUUCGGCUACAUUACCAGCAUUUUCCUUAGUACAAGACCGAGAACGAACACCCGAACCAGAAUCUGAGCCAGAAUCAGAACCGGAAUCAGAACCGGAAUCUGAGCAGGAACCCGAGCCAGAGCCAGAAUCAGAAUCAGAAUCUGAGAGUGAAGCUGAACCAGAACAGGAGCCGUUAUAUACUCUCAAACCCAUCACAUAUUCACCUCUCCUUCUUCCUACUACAUAUUCUCCAAUUCUUGCACCAACGACUUACUCCCCAAGCCUCGCCCCAAGCCUCGCCCCGACCCUCGCCCCAACGACUUAUUCCCCAAUGCUCCUCCCGACUACCUACUCUCCAAUUCCCUCCCCGAGACCUUCGCCGAAGUUCUCACCCGAGUCUUCACCCAAAGCUUCCCCACAAACCUCUCCAAAAGCUUCUACAACAAAAGAAGUUCAGCAAGAUACUUUUCUUAAACCUGUCCCGGAAAGCAAGAGAAAACCAUCAAUUCGGAAUCGCUUUUCUCUAAAGCGUAAGGAUUCUGACACGGAAAAUUCGAGAUCUCCUCCAAACUUACUGUCCGCCCCGAAGAUUACUUCAGUUGUGGAAUCGGUGGCAGAUUCAUCCUCGCACUUGAAGCCCAGUUCAGUAGCUCGUCCUCGGGAUCGAUCGGACCAGCGACGUGUUGAACCCUUGGAUUUAUCGGCUGAUAGGGCGGAGCGUCAAAGAGAAAAGAAAAUUAGAGAAGAGCGCAGCCGAGAACGUCUUAGGGAAGAACAUCAUAAAGAAGAACGUAGUAAAGAGCCAAAUAGAGAAGAGCGGAGAAAUAAAGAUGGAAGGAGCAGAGACCGUAAUAAUGAAGAACGCAAAAGGGAAGAGCGUAAAGGAUCAGGACCUUUGAGUAUUCCACGCCGGCCGGAACUAGCGACGGAUACACCCUCUUCCCGUGGAAUCGAUUCUGCAUAUUGUUCCGAAUCGGAUCCUCCCAUUGCCAUUCGUUCAAUACAAGAAACCCUUCCGUCACCAUCAUUUCAAUCUACUAUUUCGGCUGUUUCAGCACCAACUUUUAGUAACGAACUUGAGAUCCCACCCAUGUUAACAAGAGAUUUUAUCCCGUCACCUCAUUCGGAAAAACAAUUCUUUCGUCCGGUUAACGCAUCCCCACAUUCACCACUGCAAAGACCUUGGACUGCAGCACCGGUGCAUCAUCACGGACCUGUACCGAGCUCGCUAUCAAGAUCCGUGGCACCAAGUCGUAUGGGAAUGAGUGUUAUGAGUGAUAUGACCACCGUAACAAUGGAAGAUGGAAAGAAAGUGAAAAAGAAGAGAAGCGCAUUUGGAUGGCUGAAGAAGGCAUUCAGCCUAAGCGAAGAAGAGAGAGCAGAAUAUGAAGAAAGGAAAAGGAGACAAGAUCCUGAUCCAUAUUAUGAAAGAAGACCACCGAGACAAUUUUUGGAUGGAAAGAGAUUACCACAGCCUCAACCGGAUUACAGAGAGCGAGCUUGAUGAGCAUAGCGAGCGUGCAUUUUUCUUCGCAAUGUUGUAAAACGAUACCCAUUCUGCAUAUGUACUUUUUUUUUUGAAUUUCUUUUUUGUUUUAUCGAUUUGGUUUUUUUUGCAUAUCUGAUAUUGAGAUGGGAGAAUGCAUAGGGAGCGAGGAUUUACUGGCUGGAGUUAGCGUCGCAAUGGUGUUUUUGGUCAGGACCACAUAUAUUGAGCUUAUAAGAGAGGUGAAAUAUGGAUGGGAGGCUUAUUGAUUGAUUUUCUGGAUUUAUUUAUUCUAAGAAAUGCCUCGAAGUGGGACGAGGAGGCAAGGGGACAAAGGAGUAAAAAGGGAGUUUGGUACCUGAGAAUAAGAGGACAGACAAGAUAGUCUCGAUACUUACUUUUUAAAAUAUAAAAGCGUAGCCCUGAAAUCUUAAAGUAAAUAUUAAUAAUA